AUCGAGAAAGAUCCUUCAUCGAGAUUACAGCUCAUCUCGUUUCCACGCAUCGAGUGAGCUCAAUCCAACACUUCCAUGCCAAACAUUUUAAUACAAUUCGACAACUCCUCACCAAUGCUAAUGGCAAUACCAGUCUCAAGCAAUCCCUAUAUUGCCUACCAAAUUCACCAUCGAAAUCUCAACCAAAUGGAGCUUAACAUGGCUCGUUAGUUAACCUAACGGAAAGAUGCCCAAUAGAUGUAUUUUCAACCAAGUCUAGGUUUUCUAAACUGCAUGCUUCCUCACUCCACGUGUCACCUUGCAUGCCUUCAUUCCCAACAAAGUAGCAUCAACUCAACACCUGUCUCCCAAAACCCUGACACUUCCGCUAUAACCCUUCAACACUUUGACCCACUCACACACUGAUUUCGCGCAUCUUCACCUUCUUGAGCUCCUGAAGUCGUCACUCAGAUCAAUGGCUGAUCGUCACUCCAGCCCAGUCCAGGUCCAGAGAGCCCCAAGACCCACUGCCGCCGCUCCGGCCGCCACCCCCGGCAGUGCCUUCCUCCAGAAGCUCCACGAGCAUGCGCCGAACCCGGCCCAACUCCUGGGCUUCCUCAGCCUCCUCGUCUCUGGAGGCAUCUUGCUCCUCCUCACCGGCCUCACGGUGACCGGCACCGUGAUUGGCCUGAUCCUAUUCACGCCUAUCAUCAUUAUCUCAAGCCCGAUAUGGAUCCCGCUCUGUGUGGCCAUGUUCGUGAUGGCCGUGGGGUUGUUGUCCGUUUGCGGGUUCGGCAUCACGGCAUUGGCCGGCUUGUCGUGGCUGUACAGGUACUUCCGCGGGUUCCACCCGCCUGGGUCGGACCGGGCCGACUAUGCGCGGAACCGGAUCUUCGACACGGCCCGCCACGUGAAGGACUAUGCAAGAGAGUAUGGUGGGUAUUUGCAUAGCAAGCUGAAAGAUGUGGCUCCCGGGGCAUGACCACAUGAGGGAAGAAGGACUAUAUAUUUUUGGAAUUUUGAUGGAGUGGCAAUCUUAGAAUUUUGUUAUGGUUCAUUUCUAUGAUCCCUUUGCCUUUUCAGCUUGCUGAUGUCCGCUUGGCUUGAUGUUUGUACGAAAUUUUAGUCCUCUUUUGAGGUUCUCUUCUCCAUUUCACUUUAUAUGGAAAAUGCAUAAUGUUGGAUGAUGGUUCCAUAAUUCGUUUAA